UAUCAUUGUAUUCAAGUAUUUCUAUCUUCUAUAUAUCUUUGGAGCCCGUCUGUAAAAAAUACUGCAAUACAAAUUGCUGUAACUUGUUUGUAUAUUGAACUCAAUCCAAAGUGUACCUUAACAUUGAUAAAAAAAUAAAUAUUUUGAUAUCAAGAUACCCAUACAGAACAAAACAAUUGACCACUGAUUCCAGUCAUUUUAUUAACAAAGUUGUUCAAAGAAAUACUCUGACGAUAAACAUGGCUGUAUCUCUCGUAAAGAUUGUUCUACUGAGUGCCUUCAUUCUUAUAGCAAGUACACAUUCCUCUGUGAAUAAUAUGAUUAAACAUGACCAAGGUGCAGACAUCUAUAACGAUAACGUUGUAACAACCCAUACAAUUAGCCUGGGAAAUGAGCAUUCAAAUCACAGCCUAAUAAAACAGGAAAAACAAAGCGAUCUGUAUGAAAUGAGGGCGAAAGAUUUGGAGAAGUCGCCAAUUAAAGAAUGCCAACAACAGCCCUGCAACCUAACAAACAUUACAGAAAAUAUGUUUCUAUCUUUAAAAACAUUUAACAAAACAAAGUUUGAUUUACUGAGGAUUCAAAGAAACUCUAAAAGAAAUAUUUUUUUAGCAGAGGGGAGACACAUGGGUACAAAGAGAGAUUUAGACAGGAAGAAGAGGAAUAGUUUCAGAUACUGUAAUGAAACGUUUCAUAAAUACUCAGGAAUGUUAGUUUUUAACUUUGAAAGUCAAAACGAUGGAGUGUGUCAGUGGCAAAUUAUAGCUGGGGACCACGAACGUAUUCAAUUAAAUAUCACCAUUUUUUCAAUAAAUGUUUCUUCCACAUGUGAGAAUAACUAUUUAUAUAUUAGACAAGGAUUUUAUCACAUACCCCCAAGUACUGGCCAUCGUUACUGUGGAAAACAAAGUAGUGUACCUAAUGUUAUUACAACCUAUGGGAAUAGAAUGUGGAUAGAAGUCAAGAGCGAUGGAGGUUUAAGCGAGUUCAGUGCAAAUUACAAAAUACUCUGCGGUGAGAAAAUUAAAAUGGACGAGGGCUUUAUAAAUAGUCCAGGUUACCCUAACAAUCCCCCAGAUUGUUCAUGUCUCUGGAAAAUUACAGUAAAAGAGAAUUUCUUUGUGAGUCUUCAGUUUAUAGUGUGGAAUAUGAGAAUAAGGGUUAUGCACGAUAAAGGUGGCUGUACGUCUGAUUACGUUCUUAUAUAUGAAGAAUACGGAAAUACUAGGAACGAAACUGGGAAAUACUGUUACUUCACAAAACCUAAAGAUAUUAUAAUCCCUAGAAAUGAAGUCUUCAUACAAUUUAUAAGUAGUAAACUUCCACCUAAAUUUUCAAUUCAUUUCCAAGCCGAAAGAAAUGAGUGUGAGACCAAAGAGCACAACUGCCACCAUGCUUGCAUGAACACUAUUGGCAGCUAUAAGUGUACAUGCAGGACAGGUUAUGAGCUUCACCCCAAUGGCAAGACUUGCACAAGGAAAUGUGGUGGGAAUAUAACUGCAAACAGUGGCAAUAUUUUCUCGCCCAACUAUUCACAAAAUUACUCGCUGCCCAAAGAGUGCAUCUGGUUCAUAACAGUGCCUAAAGAAUAUAACAUUAGUUUAAACUUCAGAAAAUUUAAUAUGCAGUGUCCUAGUGCAGUGAGCGUGGAUCUAUAUGGUGACAAUGACCCGAACAAAAUUAAACACUUUUGUAGUUUCAACAAGCCUAACAGUAUGAUAUCCAAGAGUAAUGUUAUAAAAAUCAUAUAUAAGUCUGUCAUGCAUGAUGUCAACCAAGACUUUGAAGCACAUUUUUCUAAAAAUUGCAAUAAGUGUGAUGAGAAUAAUGGAGGCUGUAGCCAUUAUUAUCAAGAAACUAUUGGAAGCUAUAUUUGCCUCUGUGAUGAAGGCUAUACACUUGAUGAUGACCAACGGACGUGCGUUCCUUUACAAGAAUAGACAAAGUUAGUUUUAAGUAUUACCAAAUCAGGCCCAAUUCAAUGUUAGAAAAAUAUUUUCUUUAUUUGCAAAAAAUUUGGCAUAAUGAAAACAUGAAAUAUAAAGCAUAAUAUUAAAAGUUGAAA